UACGCUUUUCAUAUCAAUCUGUGGAGCAGAUAAUUAAGACUUUCAAUCAAUAAAAUAAAUCGAAAUAAAUCAGAAAUGAUUCUGAGGACUUUAUCGCGAGUGUCCGCCAGAACACGUGACCUCAACCGGCUCGCGCGCCAUGUGAGCACUUUAAACGGGUGUUUUGAUGAGAGCGGUAAAGUGGGACUCAUCCUCAAGUCUUCAUCCACGGACAUUUUCCAGAACCUGGCUUUAGAGGACUGGAUACAUGAUUGUGUCGACAUGCAGAGGCGGAGCGUCUUGUUUCUAUGGAGAAACGCUCCGGUUGUGGUGAUCGGGCGGCACCAGAACCCCUGGCAGGAGUGUAACCUGGAGCUGCUCAGGCGGACCGGGAUCCCGGUGGCGAGGCGGCGGAGCGGCGGCGGAACCGUGUACCACGAUCUGGGCAACAUCAACAUGACUUUCUUCUCCUCGAAGAAGAAAUACGACCGCAUGAAGAACCUCGGGGUCGUCACCGGGGCCCUGAAGGCGCUCAGACCCAAUCUGGAUGUCUGUGCUACAGAGAGGUUUGACAUUGUACUUAACGGGUGUUAUAAAAUCUCCGGGACUGCAGCCAGGCUGGGAAGGACAGCUGCUUAUCAUCACUGCACCCUGCUGUGUUCUGCAGAUCGCUCUGUCCUCUCAUCAGUCCUGAAAAGCUCAUGCACUGGCAUUAAAAGUAACGCCACCCCCAGUGUGCCUUCCCCUGUUACAAAUCUCUCAGACCACGACCCCACUCUCGCACCCGAUUCCCUCAUGGACGCCAUUGCUUCUCGUUAUAAUAAAGACUUUGACCUUGACAGUCCUGUCCUCACAGUGGAUCCAGGAUCAGAAGUGCUAAUGCCAGGCAUUCACAAGAUGACCUCUGAUCUGAAGAACUGGGACUGGGUUUAUGGAAAGACCCCAAAAUUCAGCAUUUGCACAUCUUUUAUGGUGGAGAACACCAAGGUUGGACUAGAGAUAGACAUCAAGAAUGGGUUUGUGGAAACAUGCGUCAUGGAUGUACCCCAUGACUGGCUGCCUGCUGACUUUGUGAAAGAGUUCUGCUCCAGUUUGACAGGCAUCCGGUUCUGUCCGAACGAGUUCGCUGUGGCUGUAGCAGCUUUCAUGAGAACUACCUCGUCUUCUCCUCAGCAUGUCCAAAACACACUACGUCUUUACGAAAACAUUGUAUCAGUAAUGUAAAUAAAUAAAGGAUUUUAAUUGUC